AUGGAGGGUGGACGCCUCCGCUCAUUAGCGGCGGUCUCUUUUCCAACGUUCUACCCAUCCCUCUCGAAACAAGGCCCGAACAGCAAACCUGGCCUAGCGCCCCAUGAUCAGUUGACCCUGCAGAUGGAUUCUUCUAGUUCUCGUCUUUUAUCAUUACCCGCAGAGAUUCUCGAAAUUGUCAUUGAUGAAGCUUGUUCAUCCGCAGCUGACCUCAGCCUUCUUGGCCUUGUGUGUCGUGGUCUUCAUUCGUUCAUCACACCUAAUCUGUAUAAAUCUAUCAACUUAGUCGGAUAUGAGAGCGCCAAACAAUUCUCAUGGACAAUUUCCCAGCGUUGUGAAUUAGCACUUCUGGUGCGUGAACUACAAAUUCAUUCCCAUGGCACGGACGAGAACGAGGACGAAAAUUGCUCAGAAGAUUUUGAUUCAACUAUUACCCGGUUCAUCAAUUUGGAGUCGUUGGCAUUACGAACCGACUUCUUCAGCCGCUCGAAAGCUCAAAAAAUCAGUAUUAUUUGUCGGCCACAUGAAGUUCUUCCUGCACUUCGUCACAUAAACCUUGGCUUCGACUACCACCGCGACUAUGAAUGGACUCUGACUCCGUACGAGGCUCUCUUCUAUCACCCCAAUCUCACAACGAUCAGCAUCACGGGGGCUGCAGUAUCAGCCAAAUGGGAAUACCAACAUAUCCAUCCUCCCACACUCCGGUCAACAAACCUAGAGGAACUAGAGCUGCUGAACUGCAAUAUCUCAAGCCAAGAGCUAGAAUUGAUGUUGCGAUAUCCACGGGCAUUGAAAUGCUUCACACUCAAAGGAGAGCCUAGCGAGUCAAAAUACGGAUUCAGAUGCGGGAGUGACCGAGGCAAAUACAUUGACGUCCUCAAGAACCACACUUCUUCCCUCCAGAUCCUUGAUUUGGAUCUAUACCAUGACUGGAGCGAAGAAAUUGAUCUCAGUCCAUUUACGGUCCUUCAAAGUCUGGCUAUUACACCAAGGAUGCUGCUUUCCUCUGACUGGGAUUUAUCACGCUAUUUCUACGGGACAGCUCCCGAAAUUUAG